AUGGAGACAUCAGUGGACAAGGUGGACGGAAAAGGCUUGCACGACCGAACUAACCCACUGUUUGACAUGUCACCCAGCAGGACUGAUAUCUACAGCUUCCAGACAGACGAUGUGAAGCCACAGAAGCCAAAAAGACAGUGGUGUUUGAAUGUGAUUGUUGUUUACCUCAUCUUGCAGACUGGGGUGAAUGCCUUUCUUCUCUAUAAAGUUUUGACACCUUCAUCAGCGUCUGAGUCUGUGAAAGAGAAAGUGACAUCAACCAAUGACAUUUCAUUGGGUGGAGAACAGGACAAUGCUGACCUCCCAGCACUGAUCAGCAACAACAGCCAGGAGAUCAAAACACUAAAGGGCUAUUUGUGGACCAUGCAGAGCAAGGUCAGUAGCAUCUGUGGAGAUGAUGGUCAGCUGGUCAGACUGAGGAACGACCUGAGCUCAGUCAACACCAGCACCUACAUCCUAGAGGACAAACUGGCAGCCAUCAGCCUCAAAACAGGCCUUCAGGGGCCUCCUGGAAGAGAUGGGGCCAAAGGUGACAAGGGAGUCGCUGGUGUACAAGGACCGCCAGGGAUUGCUGGUGCCGCUGGCAUGAAAGGAGCAAAAGGUGAAAGAGGAAACCUUGGCCCAAACGGAGUUCCAGGCCUUCAGGGGCCUCCUGGAAGAGAUGGGGCCAAAGGUGACAAGGGAGUCGCUGGUGUACAAGGACCGCCAGGGGUUGCUGGUGCCGCUGGCAUGAAAGGAGCUAAAGGUGAAAGAGGAUACCGUGGCCCAAACGGAGUUCCAGGUCCUGCAGGACCACGAGGCCCUCCUGGACCCAAAGGAGAGCGAGGAGCCGCAGCCCUGAAUGUGCGGAUUGCUGGAGGGACACAACGUGGGAGAGUGGAGGUGUUGCACAAUGGAGUCUGGGGCACUGUGUGCGAUGACGGCUUUGACCGUAAAGAUGGCAGAGUGAUCUGUAGGAUGCUGGAGUAUCAGGAUGUCAGCGAUGUCUUCACUGCCACCGCAGGCACUGGUAACAUCUGGCUUGAUGACUUGGGGUGCACUGGCAAUGAGAGAAGUAUCUUUGACUGCCCACACAAUGGAGUGGGUGUUAACAACUGUAACCACGGUGAGGAUGCUGGUGUGCAAUGUAUCUAGACAGUCACAGCAUCA